AUGUUCAUACACAGUUUUCAGCAGAAUAUUGCACCUAGAGCGCGAGUAUUUAAAGGCUAUUUGGGAUCAGCUGGUGCGCAAGUAAUGGCAAAAUUUCCAUUUGAUAUACAUCCAUCGAAAAUUUGGUCCGUGGUUGCAAUGGUAGAACAUAUGGAUAACCGUUUUAUCCAUACUGGUCAUACAGCAGCUCCUGGCUAUUUAUUUGAUUGGUAUAUACAUCCAGAACAGUGGCGGAUCCAGCAUUAUUCUUUGAUGCGUACGGUUGUAACAUCAGAUAAUUCCCGUUUUAUUCCUCAAAUAAUUGAAGCUAUUUAUGGAUUAAAAUCAAGGAGUAUUGUGUUGUUAUUAGCUGAUCGUUCUGAAAUGAAUGCAAUAACUACCAUUACAAAUUAUCGUUUAGUACAAUUAAAAAUAAAUAAAAAUAUGUUGGAUUGGUCGACUGUUUAUACAGAUUCACUUGUAUGUGAUGGUAAAUGUACCUUAGGAAGUGGACAGAAAUUUAUUUAUCUCAUUAAUCAAGAUUUAUCGUUUCGAAAAUAUGAUUAUAAAACACUCUAUUCACCCGAUCAUUCUGAACAAUUCCAUUUUAGAGAUAGUUCAAUGAAUAUAACAACAUUCGCGAACUCAAGAAUAUUUGAAAUUGUUAUUGAUGAAACGAUUAAUUUAAUGUGGAUUUUAUCUGGUUCAAAAAGAACUCGUUUGUUUGCCUGUCAUUUAAAGAAUCUUGAAUGUAAAGAAGCAUUGAUUGGAAAAGAUCAAUCUAAUUUUAUUCGACUCGAAAUUGAUUGGCCUCACAAAGUGUUGUAUACGUAUGAUAGUACUUUAAAUGAAAUUUGGGCUAUUAAGUAUAAACACCCAUCUAUGCUAUUUGAGCAAGUACCCAGUAGACAAACUGAUCAAAAUUUCGAAUAUAAUAAAUUAUUUUUACUUUCAUGCUUAACAUUUGAACAAUUAAUGGUUAUAAUAUUGAACGAUAAACAAAUGUGUCGUACUAUUGAACAAAAUCGAACAUUAUGUCAAAAAUAUCACCUAGAAUCAUCCAAUACCACCAGUAUACACACUAUUCGAAGUAUAUCAAAUUCAGUACAUCUACUACGCUGUCAGCACAAUGGCUUCUAG